AUGCCAACCAGUGCUCCCAGUACAAGAAUCAUACCUGCAACCAGUGGACACGAAAAUAUCCCGGACUAUGAGCCCAACAUCCCUGAGCCUACAUGCAGAGCUGACCUUCUAAAAUACUGGAUUAACCUUUCCCUGGAUGAGAAGACAGCCAAUAAGAUGCUGUGGAUCACAGAGGAUGAAUCCAAGGUAUCGCACAUGACUGAUGAUGUCACUUGUCCUGUCCUGGACAGGCCAGAGAGAUACGAGUUUUCCCCACAGGUUCUUUGUAAAGAAGGUAUUCUAGGCUUCCGAGCUUACUGGGAAGUGAAAUAUUCUGGCUGGGUGACUGUCGGAGUCACUGAUGAAGAGGCAGGGAGGAAGGGAUGUGAUGGGCCCUGUGGACUGGGAGAGAACGAGCUGUCCUGGGGUCUUGGGUGGGGUGGAUCCUACUACCAGGCGUGGUUCAAUGGCAUUAACACAAAAAUUCGCAAUAUUCCUCAGUGCACUACUCUAGGUGUGUAUCUAGACCAUCCUGCUGGUGUCAUCAAUUUUUAUGGAGUUGAAGAAGUGAAGGAUGGUGAAGGGAGUGAAAGCAGAAAGGAGGUCACACUGCUGCAGCACAACAAAAGACCUUUAAGGGGGAGAAUGUUGCCAGGUUUCUGGGUAGGAGAAAAGUCAUCAUGCAUGUUAGUUAAACAGGAGUAAGGUAAAGAGUGGCCUAUGCUUGUUUUUCAGUUCCAUUUUCUUACAUUUCUAUUCUAAAGUCACAUCUGAAGAAUCCGUGUAGUUUAUAUAGAAAUGUAUAUCUUUGGAAGCUGCUAUUUUUGUAUGCAUAUGUUUAUUUUGUCAAAAAUGAGGGACCAGAUUUACUAAGGCUAUAUUCUGCCCCAAACACAUGAGCUGUACAAUAUAAAACAGUCGCAGCAAACACAGUUUGCAUCUCACUCAUCACAUAGUGUGUAUUGCAUUUAAGGAAGGGCCACGCAAAUAAUAGGAUACUAGUUAGUAGAUGAUUAUACAUUCCGCUGGAGGUCAAUUGUGAAAGGAGGUGUAGGUUAAACACGGCCCAGAUGGGACUACAAACCCCUAUUAUUACAACCACAAAUUAAGCCAUUAGACUAUUAAUGAACACUAUGUCUAAUUAUUGGAACACAAAAGGACAGUGGACGGGCAUUUGUGGUUUGAGUACAUCAAACCUGAAUUGGAUUUUAACAAUCAACAUACAAUCACUGCA